AUGCUUUUAGAACCGAGCAUCAUUGUACAAAAUUUAUUGCGAGAAGAAUAUAGUAAAUUUUCAUAUGUGGAUCUGACUAAACAAAUCACUCCUGCUCUGGUAUAUACUAUAAAUACAUUAAUGGCAAAAACAUUUCAUCAUGCAAUAUAUGUAAAUCUCUGUAUCAGUACAGCGUUUCAAAAUAUUGGAAAAUUCUAUCCAGAAGCAUUUAUCUGUAGCGAAGAAACUUGUGAGGAUUUAGCAUUGGUACUUUGCAUUCAUAAUCAACAUGGAAAGCCUACUAAUAGCGGACCUGAUGUCAAAAUUUCAUGCAUAGCACAUUACAGAAGGCGUAAUUUGAAAAAUGUUAUGGUUAUGAAAGACUUAACAGCUCUAGCACAUGCACAUACACCAGGAAAGGAUUAUAAUAACUAUCUCCAAACAAAUAUCCAGAGUUCUGCAUUAAAAUUUGUAAAUAUUCUAAGGGGUCAGGAGGCUAUAAAAUUUCAUAAAACAUCCAUGUUUUUCCAUUUUGAAAGGAAAUCAAAAUUAUGCGUUCAAUAA